AUGCUUCCAAGAUCACGUCAUAUGGUGCCCAUGAUGAGGCGCACAUUUGGCGUGAGAUUGAUUCAACAUCAGAUACCCAAAAAACAAAUACAGUUUGGCCUUAUCAAGACGAGGCCUUUCUCCAUCUAUUCCUUUGGCAAGUUUGCUGGAAGGGUGGUCAAAGCUCCAGCUGCAGUUGGCGGUGGUCUUGCUGCUGCAGGAUCGUAUGUAGCUUACAAAGUGGAGCAAGCUUCCAGUUAUACUAAAGAUCAGGUGGACAGAGCAAAGGAUUUGGCCGGAGGUCUGUACGACAACAUUUCUGGGUUCUUUGGCAAAUUCGGUGGCAACGGUUCUGAAGGAGUUCCGCCUGAUGGAAACGGAUCUAAUGCGGCAGCACUAGGUGGUACAGCUGCUGCUGUUGGAUUUAAAUCCGACGAUGAUGAGGAUGAAGAAACGUUAUACUUGGACGAAGAUGAAGAUGAGGAAGAGGAGGAAGAGGAUAGCGAGACAAUGGAUGAUGAGAUGCUUAACCUCACAAGACAAAUGAUUGAGAUCAGAAGCAUUUUACAAAGUAUUGACCCUAAUGACAACACUUUGAAACUUCCCUCUAUUGUGGUCAUUGGUUCACAAUCCAGUGGUAAGUCAUCUGUGCUAGAAGCUGUCGUCGGACGAGAGUUCCUUCCAAAAGGCUCCAACAUGGUAACCAGAAGACCAAUAGAACUUACUUUGGUAAAUUCUCCGGACUUGGCGGCUGAAGUCGCAGAGUUUCCAGCCUUGAGAAUGAACAACUUAACAGACUUUGAACAGGUUCAAAAAAUAUUAUAUGAUCUGAAUCUUGCUGUUCCAAUAACUGAGGCAAUUUCAAAUGACCCAAUUCAGCUAACAAUCAGAUCCCCUAGGGUGCCUGAUCUAUCAUUGGUAGACCUUCCUGGUUAUAUCCAAGUCGAAGCAGCUGACCAGCCUACAGAGUUGAAACGUAAGAUCAGACAACUUUGCGAUAAAUACUUGGAAGAACCCAAUAUCAUACUUGCAAUUAGUGCUGCUGAUGUCGAUCUUGCAAACUCCACAGCAUUGAGAGCGUCAAGACAAAUGGACCCUAAGGGUGAAAGGACUAUUGGAGUGGUGACAAAGUUGGACUUGGUCGAUGGGGCAGAGGCAAGAGGUAUAUUGACCAACAGAAAGUAUCCAUUAAAAAUGGGAUAUGUUGGUGUUGUUACGAAGGUUCCCCAGACCUCUAUUUUUAAAAAGAAAACGGGUUACCAGGCCUUCAUCGCUCAACAAAAUUUUGAGAGUACCUUCCUCAAAGACAAUAAAGAUGAGUUUGCAGGAACUUCAGUGGGAACUAGGACUUUGAAGAAACGAUUGAUGAGAGUGUUGGAACGUUCAAUGGCUCUAUCGUUAAAACCGACAUACGAUAGAGUUCAGCAAGAGCUGGAAGAAGCAAGUUACAAGUUUAAAGUGGAGUUCAAUGAUAGAAGCCUUACCCCGGAAACCUACAUUGCAAGUUCAAUAGAUACCUUGAAAGGUGCAGUAAAGGAGUUCAGCGAGAGAUUUGGAAGAAACGAAAUAAAAUCUGUGCUCAAGAAUGAAUUGGACCAGAAGGUGCUUGAUUUAUUAGCAUCCAAAUACUGGAAUAAACCACAUGACCAGUCUAGGGAAAUUGAUUUGGAUCUACGAGACAUUGUUAACGCUUCACCUACAGAUGUUUAUUGGCACAGAAAGUUGGAUCUCACCACUAACAGUUUAACCAAGCUGGGAGUUGGUAGGUUAUCUACCACAUUGCUAACCAAUGCACUGUUAACAGAGAUUGAUAACAUGAUAGACAAUACCACAUUGCGCACACAUCCCAUGAUUAAACAAGUGGUGCGUGAUGCAGCUGAAGAAGUGCUCAACUCACGUUAUUAUUCCACUGCAGACCAAGUUGAGAAUUGUAUCAAGCCUUUCAAGUUUGAAAUUGAGCUGGAGAAUUCUGAAUGGAAACAAAGCAGGGACCACAUUAUAAGAUUAUUGAAUGAAGAGCUUAGAUCGUGUGAUCAAUAUCUUCAACUUUUGAAAAAGAACAUAGGAAGCAGGAAAUUGACACAAAUCAUGACGUAUUUGGAAAAUAAGGAUAACAGUAUAGGAGAAACGAUUGAGAGGGAGAACAUUGGUUUCAGUCCGGGUAUUCUUUCAAGAGGCCGUGAUGCUUUAUUUUUGAAAGAUAGGGCGUCGCUGUUGCAAUUCCGGAUAUCUUGUUUGAAAUCGUCCCAAUGCAAGAUCAAAGAGAAUAAAUAUAAAUGUCCCGAGAUAUUUCUGGCAGCAGUUGCCGACAAGCUUACGCAAACAGCAGUCUUGUUUUUGAACGUGGAGCUGUUGAGUGAUUUCUAUUACAAUUUUCCACGUGCGUUGGAUGCUAAGCUGUCUAAUGGGUUGACACAGGAACAAAUUGAGGCGUUUGCCAAAGAAGAUCCCAAAGUCAAGAGACACAUUGAACUUCAGCAACGAAAGGAAUUAUUGGAAUUGGCAACUUCCAAGAUUGAGGAUGUUAUGACCUUACAGAAACAUAGGACAAAACAUUGA